UGCCCUUUGGGUUUAGUAGUAUUUAAAAUUCAUUUUUCGGAAACACUCCCCAAAAUAUUAAUUUUUGGCAUAAAUAAUGCUAAAAUUUUCUCGAUUUGCAACGGGUAUGCAAAUAACAGGGUAUAUCAGAAAUGCCAUGUUCACAAUGCGCCAGAUGUCGAAGGGGACAAAACCUCCUGAGAAAGGCCCUCCCCCGAAAGGCGCUGCCCCGAAAGACCCACCAGCAAAAGGCCCUCCCGAAAAAAAGAAGCAAGACGAAACGGCCAUUCGAGGGGGCAGUAAAUGCAACCCCAAGAAGAAAUCUGGGGGUGCUCCUGCAGCUGAAGCCGUGAAGAAAAGCUGCGAUGAAUUGCUUAACAAAAAGAGCGAUAAGAAGAAGAAGCAAAAACUAACGGCAAUUCAAGGCGGUGGUCAAUGCGGUCAGAAACGAAAAGAAUCUGCCCACAGUGGAGGAGGCAUGAAGCUCUGGCGAAGCAUAUCCCUCUUCGCCAUCCUGCCAAUGGUGGCCAUACUGACGAUUCUUGUGUUCAGCACACAUAAGGAGCACGAACAUCCAGAGUUUGUGUAUUAUCCAUUCAUGUACAAGCGAACGAAGACGUAUUAUUUCAAAGAUGGCAAUCGAACCGCUUUUCAUAACAGCAAACAGAAUGCUCUGCCACCGGCUGGCUACGAAGAUGAGAUAGAUGAAGGGGGAAUCGGCCAGGAACCAGAGACGGAAAAUGACAAAAAACAACGUCUAAGUGAUUUCCAAAAAUUGCUCAAGGAUUGGAAAAAGCAUGCGGGCGCGGAGUCAGCAGCUGCUGAGUAGCAAAAGAAGAAAUAUCUAAGCCGAAAAAUGGGAGAUGGAAAAUCAGCAAUUAGGGCAACAGAGAAGAGAAUAAUGAUCACAACCAAAAGCCAAAAAGAAGAGAAGAUCAUAAGAGUGGACUACAGAAAUUGCUUCAUCUACAAUGAGGGCGAUGGCAUUCUUGGCUGGAUUCUUUAAAAAACAAAACCAUCAAAGGAGGUUCUUUAAUUCAGAAUUUACACAGGAUUUCUAUCGUUCCUUUGUAAACUCCAUCAAAGCAGGUUUCAUACUCUAGAGAGACUAUUUCAAAAUUCAUUUUUCGGAAUUCAGUCACAAUAAAAUUUUGGUUUUUGGAUUUAUAAAUUAUGCUUCACAAAUUUCGACUCAUAAACCUUUUGCAAAUA